AUGGCGCUGGACGGAUCCAGCAGUUAUAUUGCUCCCAGCAACCUGAAGGAGCCCUCGGACUCCCUGCCCAUGUUCGAUGUCCAGCGGGUGCAGCUCCAGUUCCAGGUCGCCGCCGACUUCGUCGCCGCCCAAGUCGCCAACAAUGUGCUAGUGCUGGCCCUCUCAACGGGCCGGAUUCUUCGCAUCGAUCUCGAUAGCCCAGAAGACAUUGAUGACAUCGAUCUCCCCAAGAAGUCCUCCGAAAUCGGCCUGAUCCGGCGCAUGUUCCUCGAUCCAUCGGCUUCGCAUCUCAUCGUCAGCACCACCCUCGGUGAAAACUAUUACCUCCAUACCCAGUCCCGGCAGCCGAAGGCGCUGUCCAAGUUGAAGGGUGUCUCUAUUGAAAGCAUUGCGUGGAAUCCUUCGUUACCAACUGCGUCAACUCGGGAGAUUCUGUUGGGCACAACCGAUGGCAAUGUCUACGAAACCUACAUCGAGCCGUCCUCGGAGUUCUACCGCCGUGAAGAGAAAUACGUCGCAUCUGUCUACAAGGUGCCGGAUGCCUCGCCUGUGAUAGGAGUCUGCGCGGAACUAGUACCCUCUAAGCCCGAUCACAGGAGGGUUUUUGUGGCCACCUAUGCGAAGUUGGUCCACUUCCUCGGCCGGACAGCAACUGCGAGACAUGGACGAGAAGGUGGCGGUUCUAUCUACACACACCUUUUCCAGCAUGGGACAUUUUCGAUCCAUGAGGUCCAGAACCCUUCCGGCUCCGCGCCUGCCGUGCUGAUGGUCUCUCCUUCUAUUUCGGAGGGAUAUCAAACCGACGAAGAAAGUGAAAAGGAGUUUGCAUGGCUCAGCUCACAAGGGAUCUAUCACGGCCAGAUCGAAUCGGACUCCCCAUUUGAGAAUGGCAAGAUGCUUCAGCGUUCAGUUUUCCCCGCUACCGAGUCCUACCGGGGAGGCAAACGAACGGUGCAGAAGCCAAUAUCCGCGAUGACCUUAUCGCAGUGGCAUGUACUGGCACUCGUCGAAGGUCGAGUGGUUGCUGUCAACCGUCUCAGCGAGGAAAUUGUCUAUGACCAGUCAGUCUUGGAGCCCGGGCAGCACGCACUGGGCCUGUUGACGGAUGUCACGCAAAAGACGUACUGGCUUUUCACAGGCCAAGAGAUCUACGAAGUUGUGGCUAACGACGAAGAUCGAGAUAUUUGGAAGACCUACUUGCAUGAGCAGAAAUUUGACGAAGCGCUCCAAUAUGCCCGCGGCGCUGCGCAACGAGAUGCUGUGUUGACUGCUUCGGGUGACUUUUUGGCUGGAAAAGGUAACUUUUUCGAGGCAGCCAAAGUCUGGGGGAAGAGCAGCAAAGGAUUUGAGGAAGUCUGUCUGACACUCAUUGACCACAAAGAGCACGAUGCUUUGCGGAAGUAUCUUCUCUCGCAACUCUCGACAUACAAGAAAGCGUCCACGAUGCAACGGAUUAUGGUUGCGAGCUGGCUUGUGGAGCUUUUCAUGUCCAAGUUGAAUUCCCUCGACGAUAACAUCGCUACCAAGGCCGAGUUGGCGGAAGGUGCAAGUCCUGGGCAAUUCGAAGAGCAACUGGGCAAUGUCCGCACUGAGUUCCAAGAGUUUGUGAACAAGCACAAAUCCGACUUGGACAAGAAGACGGUCUAUGCCAUCAUCAGCAGCCAUGGCCGGGAGGAGGAGCUGCUUUUCUUUGCAACCGCCACGAACGAUCACAGUUACGUUUUGUCGUACUGGAUCCAGCGCGAGAAAUGGUCGGAAGCGUUGGGUGUUCUGCAGCGGCAGAGUGACCCCGACGUUUUCUACAAGUACAGCAGCGUGCUCAUGACACACGCGCCUACAGGGCUGAUUGAAAUUUUGAUGCGUCAGACAAAUCUGGAAAUCGAACGACUCAUCCCCGCGUUGCUGAAUUAUAACAAGUCUGCCAAUGUCUCUCUUGACCAGAAUCAAGCUGUGCGCUACCUGAACUUCAUCAUCUUCCACCAUCCGAAACCCUCAGCGGCCGUCCACAACACCCUGAUUUCAAUUCAUGCUUCAAGUCCAUCGCCCUCAGAGGCCGGGCUGCUCACCUAUCUCCAAUCGCAGCAUUCGUCACCACCCCCAUACGACGCAGACUUUGCCCUGCGUCUAUGUAUCCAGCACAAACGGGUGCAGUCAUGCAUCCACAUCUACAGCGCAAUGGGCCAGUACUUGCAAGCAGUGGAACUGGCACUCGAACACAACGACAUCGAGCUCGCGGCCAUCGUCGCUGACCGGCCAGAGGGCAACGACAAGCUCCGCAAGAAGCUCUGGCUCCUCGUCGCCGAGAAGAAGAUUCGGCAACCCGGAACAGGCAUCAAAGACGCGAUUGAAUUCCUGCGCCGCUGCGAGCUUCUCCGCAUCGAAGAUCUAAUCCCCUUCUUCCCCGACUUUGUCGUCAUCGACGACUUUAAAGACGAGAUCUGCACCGCACUGGAAGACUACUCGCGUCACAUCGACGCUCUCCGCCAGGAAAUGGAUAACUCCGCGCAGACGGCUCACCAGAUCCGCGGCGAAAUCGCAGGCCUGGACUCGCGCUAUGCCAUUGUUGAGCCCGGUGAGAAAUGCUGGAUCUGCUCGCUGCCGCUGCUGAGCCGUCAGUUCUUUGUGUUCCCCUGCCAGCACGCCUUUCACAGUGACUGUCUGGGCAGGGAGGUGCUGGAGGGUGCUGGGGGCAAGAAGAAGUAUAUCCGGGACCUGCAGGCCCAUCUGAGUAAAGGUGAUCUGUCUUCUUCAAGGAGAGAGGAGAUUGUUAAGGAGCUGGAUGCGCUGGUCGCUGAGGCUUGUAUUCUCUGUGGUGACCACGCCAUCAAGCAAAUCGAUAAGCCGUUCAUCACGGACUCGGAGGCGGUCAAUAAUGACUGGAUUUUGUAA